CGCGCCAGGGCCAGGCUGCUCCCCCACUUCUCCCCCAGAUCUCCCCCACAUCUCCUCCGGACCAGCCUGCAAUGGACCACUCCUGCUCUCCCAGCGCCCUGGACGGAUUCUGAGAAAACGUUGGCAGUUUUUUGUCCCCUUCCCCCCGACAUUUCUUCCCAUUAAAGUCAGCAGAAUGGCUGAGAAGGAGUCGGAAUCGCCUGGGAAACUAAAGACAUUAUUAUAGCCAGAGCUGGCUCUCCUUUUUUUCCUCGGAAUAGGGGACCUAUCCGAGCGGACGAUUUUCUUUACAACUUUCCCCGUUGUGGAUAAUGGAUGGCAGAGAUUUUGGUCCUCCCCGGUCCGUCCACGUCCCACCUCCGUUGUUGGCGGGGCUGGCCAUGGAGCAGCACCGACUCGGGGCUGCAGCCGCAGCCGGCAGGGUCGCUCCCUCGCCCGGGCACUUGGGUGCGAGCCACCCGCCGCCUCUCCACUCCGGAAAAUAUCUGCCAUCGGCCAUUAACCUGCAUCCACACCACAGUGAAGCCUUCCCGGCAGGCUCCGGUCCAUUCCUGUCAGGUUAUCCAGGCCCCUCCCCCCUGGCCUCUGACCCCGCAUACAGAUCGGCCAAUCCCAGCGGGCUGCAGAUGGCUCAGCUGUGGGCGUCACAUGCUCACGAAGGCUACCCUCCUCUUCCGAGCAGCCUGUACUCCAGUCCCUACCUGUCCCUGGGACACCUGGAGCCUCACUCCCUCUCCCAGCACCCGCUCUACGAGUCCCAUAAAGACGGUUACUUCCUGCCGUCUUCCUUAAGCCAUUCACCUCUCCAUCCCCCGUCCGCUUCAUCCACCACCCCAUCCAGCUCCACGCCCCCCCAGAGGGCGUCCCGGGACGGGGGUAGGGAGAGGUCUCAUCGGAUAGAGAGGGAACGGGAUCGAGAACGGGAACGGGAGAGAGAACGAGAGAGGGAAAGAGAACGGGAGAGGGAACGGGAGCGAGAACGAUCCCGAGAGGAGCUGCGUCCACACAGUGUGGUGGACCUGACGCAAGAUGGGAGGAGCGAGGAGGAGCGCAGGAUGGGCAGGGAGCGGGAACGAGAGAAAGACAGGGACCGGGACGCGGAGCGAGAAAGAGAUGCUUGGUCCUUCCACCCCCACCAGCCAAAGUCGCACCCCCUGCCUCCCACGGUGGAGCCCCGGCACAGACUGUCCCCCCUGCAGCCCCCGUUCCCCCCCGACGGAGGCGCAGCCAGGUUUCACGGAGCAGAAACGGACCGAGGGUGUCGGGACGAGGAGGGCGGCUCCCGACCCCGCCACAACUCUGUUCUGAAUAAUUUGAACUCUCAGUCGGACCGACAGAGGAGGAACGAGUCGGUGGCCACGUCGGCAGGGACCCUCCACAUCUCCUAUGUCCUUCCCCCUGCUCUCCAGCCGUCCACCGGGGGGCUGCCACACCUCUCCGCAGCCAGGGAGUCUAUCAGAGAGCAGCGGGUCAGCGCACCUACGUAUGUGCCUUCUGUGGAGGUUUAUGACGAGCGGGUGGGGCCCAUUCAGAUCGCUUCCCAGGCCCGGGACAACAAACACGCCAACAAACACAGAGAACGAGAGCGGGAGCGGGAGAGAGACAGAGAACUAGAACGUGACAGAGACAGAGAGCGGGAGAGCUAUAGGUUUCAUGAGAAAAGCCUCAGGGAGCAUCCUCGGCUCUCCCAGCCGGGCGACUUAAGCAAUCAAAGGGAGGAAGGCUCCGUCAUCUGCUCCUUCGCUAAGCGAGGGCAGGACUCGUCUCUGUCUUCAGGUCAGUCACAGCUGAGCCCAGAAACCAGGGAGGUCUCCAAACACUCGCUCCGCAUGGGCGUGGAGCUGUCGGGCGCCGAGUCCAAGUGGAGUUCCAUCAGCCCGUUGGCGAACUACGCCACCAAUCACAUGGCUGCGCUGGCAGCUCAACACGGACACACACUCCCCUCGCCCCACAGCCACCCCACACACACACACAAGUCCAGCUCCCCUCAAGCUCCCCACCGGCCCAACGGCUCCCAGCCCUCGCACAGUCAUUCCCCCCAAACGUACUCCUCCCAGCACGGACACGGGCGUGCGGAGGAGGAGGGCGGUCAGAGGCGAUUCCUCGCCACGUCAACGCUCUACAGACCCGGGGCGUCUGCCGGGGGGGAGCACGGCGGGGGGGCUGAUAAAGAGUCCACCGAAGUCUCGGCCAUGCAGAGUCUGAUUAAAUACAGCGGGAACUUUGCCGCCGAAUCUCCCGCCUCCUCCAGACACAUCGUAGACGGGCGGGGGCCUUUCGGCGGCCUGGGCAACCUGGGGAUGGAAGCCAUGAGGGAGAGGGAAAAGGAACGGGAGCGGGAGAGGGAGCGGGAGAGGUUGGCGGGGUCGGGCAGCUCCGGGGCCAUACGGGCCCCCCCUCACCUGAAGAGAGAGCAGGAGCGGCCGGACAGCGCGCGCUCCUUUGGUCGGGAGGGGGACGGCGAGGUGCGCCACCCUCCCGUUGGGAUUGCCGUGGCCGUUGCCCGGCAGAGGGACAACGGCAGCGCCAGCAAACAGACCAGCGGAGCCUCCGACUCGCAGAGACCCCUGCUGCAAACCGCUAUUAAAGAUGAGGAGCGAGGGGACGACCGCGCUCGCCACCACGAUGACAGACUGCUGGCUGGCCGGCUGGAGCGCGAGCGAGAGAAAGUGAUCAGAGAGUCCAAGAAUCUACCUGAGUUUUCCCAGAUACACAACGCUCCCUUAUCGUCGGGCCUGACCCCCAGUAUGAUGACCCCCAGCCUCAUGACUCCCAACCUCAUGGUCACGGGAGGGGCAGCUCUCGCAGGGACGGGGCGGUGGCCCCCCGAGCCUUCAACUCUGACCUCUCACCCCUGGAUGCCCCGACCCGGAAACCCUCCGGUGUGGCUCUCCGGCAGCCCGUACGGCCUGGGGCCCUCGUCGCUGCACCAGACCCUCUCCCCGGGCUACCCGUCCUCUCUGCCCAGCACCAUACCCCACCUCCAGUUCGCCAGAGACACACAGACCGGACAGCUGAUUGUGAUCCCUUCUGAACCCAUGCCACAUUACGGAGGUGACGUGCUGGAGCGUGGAGCCCCGGUGUGGUCGGGCGUGUACGGUACAGGCAGCUCUCUGCAGCACGCGGCCCAGCUGCAGCUCCUGUCGCAGCAGCAGAUGCUCCGGCAGCAGGAGCUCAUCAUGAUCCAGCAGCAGGUCCUGGACUACCAGAGGAAUGCACAGCUAGCCGAGCGCCUGAAGGCCAGCGAGCAUCGGCCAGACGUGGACGAGAAAGCGGACAAGCGGAACGCUGAGCCAAAAUCCCGGCCCUCCUCCAUGUCCUCCCCAUCGCCCUCGCUGGUGCUGCACUCCCGCAAACCCCACCACCCCUCCCGAUCGCCGACCCCCUCCACGUCCUCGCUCACCCCGCUGCCCCAGAUCCCCUCUCCCGCCACCACGCUCAAGUCGGAGGAGGGCGGGCAGAGAGUCCUGUCUCACGCAACCAAGCCCCAGCCUCACCCGGGCUCUCCGCGCUCGGCCUCGCCGCCCCCGUCCUCGCCGCGCCGGCCCAAGCAGGAGCUGUCGGAGGACGGGGAGGGGGGGCGGCGGGAGCAGAGAGAGCGGCAGAAGUCGGCCUCUGCGCCCUUUCAAGGUUUAUACUCUGAUCUUCCUCCAGGUUACCCGUACCAAUCCAUCACUGCCCCAUACGGCUCAUCUUUCCCCCCUUAUCACAUCCCGGCACCCACACCAGACAUCGCAGAAGGACGUCGCACCUGCUCUCCUGCAUCCGUCGCCCCUUUGCUUUCCGCUCAUCGCCGCUCAAGGCUCCUAGAAGCUGACGUCAGACCACAGAAGCUAGAGGCAUCGAAGACGGGGUCUUUCCUCAAACAGGAACCCGGCGAGGAGCUCCCUCAGCUGGAUGGGAGACCGGAGCUGCUCGGCCCUCCUCGGCAAAGCUGCACCCCUGAAAUGGAGGUGGACAGGCCGGACUCCAAGCCCCUGCCUCAGCCGGUCCCUCUGCACAUCCCCAGCCCUCCUCUACAACCAGGCGAGGGGCGGGGGAAAGUGAGCGAGGAAGAGGAGGACGGAGGUUCAAUCAAAAGCGAAGUGUUAUCGUACUCGUGUCAGGCACCGUACGAGCUACACCCCUCACACGCAGAAGCCGAGUCUGAAGCACGAGUCGGCGAGGAACCAGACCAAGCAGACUACCCACCGGUCCUCACGGCAGUUUCAGACGGGCAGGAGCUGUCGCCGAUGUGCGUGUCAGCGGAGCAGAGCAGCAGCGCUGUGUGUGAACACGAGCUGCCUGGAAGUCCAGCCAGCCCCCUCAGUCCCGUUCAGAGAGGGAGCGUGUGUGAACCUCCGUCCUGUCCUCCUCCAGCAUCCUGCUCCCCACUCCCACUCCUCCUCGGCCCAGACGACCCCAUGGGCGGCAUGCUGGCUCUGCUAGCAGCCAGUGAGAUGGCCCAGGCCCGGCCCUGCACCCCACCUGCCCCGACACUCACGUCCCAGCUAGAAGAUCCUCCGGUGGCUUCAGACGGCAGCAGCGCAGGUCUGCUGGAGAUGGUGGCGCUGGAGGGGAUGGCCCUGCUCAGCCAGAUGGCCCAGGAAGAAAUCGAUCACAUGAACCAAGAGCAAGACCUGACCUUAGAGGGCCUGGACUGUCUGAUUGAAGCAAGCAGACAAAUCCUGCUGGAGGCCAUAGAGAAGCAGUCCCACAUCGAUCUGCCCAGAACGCUGGACCCCAACAAGAAAUACAGCUGGAGGCAGAGGAAGGAGGAGCCGCUGUAUGGUAAAAUGUCUGUGGACAUGUUGGAUGCUGUGGAAGUGGAGUACCGCGUUCGCCUGGCAGAGCUUCAGAGGACAUAUAAGGAGAAGCAGAGAGAGCUGAACAAGCUGCAGAGACGCAGAGACAAGAGCGAGCGGCGGCAGCAGGAGGACGAGAGGAGAGGCCUGACGAGGAGGGGCAGAGGAAGACCCAGGAAGAGAAAACACUUGGCCAUGCUCCCCAAGCUGGACAGCAGGGCUGGAAAGGUUGGUAGGACAGUCCAAUACUCCGAGGACUCCGAGGCCGGGGAAGGACAGAGGAAGCGCUUCCGUGUGUCCAGAGAUGAAGAGGAAACGGAGACGGGAAGUGGAGGCAUGAGGCUUAAAAAGAAGAAGAAGAAAAAAAAGAAGAGCUGGAACGACCACGAGCCGUCUGCCAGCCACACUUUGGAGGUGCUGCGGGCCAAACGGGGCCACGUGUUCGAGCAGGAGCAGCUGGCCUCGGACCUGGACAGAGCGCUGUCUCUCUCGCAGCUCAGCUGCCUCGGUACUUCCCGCAAACUUUCCUCCGGCGCCAAGUUGGAGAAGUCCAAGGUCAAGUCUGCUGGAAGUGGACUGAAGGAGCGAGGGAUGCACUCGUCCGUUAAAGCCGGGAAACUCAAGGUGGCGUCCAAAGCUUCUUCAGAGACGGUCAGGAAGGUGAAAGAUCAGAAGAAGACUGCUCUGUUCUCUCCCGUGAGAUCAGAACUCAGCAGCUGCUCCAACAACUCUGAUUCAGAGGAGCACGGUUCUGCUCGAGGGGGGGGCUGGCCUCCUCUCUCAGGAAGGCGAUCUCACAGCGGUCUGGCCAGGAAGAGACGCUCCAUGUCGUCGCCGACGUCCCUGCUGUCCCGCCAGAAGUCUCAGAAGAAGAAACACAAGCACUUAUCUUUGCUGCUGGAGGAGGCGGGCCUCAGCUCCUCCGACGACUCCUUCGACCAAGAAACCUCGGAGGACGAGGAGGAGGAUGAGUCUGACUCCGAGGAGGACGGCUGUGAGGAGAGCGGGCUGGGUCUGCUGGCCAGGUUUGCAGCCAGCGCGCUCCCCGUCAGCUCCACCCCACUGAGCCUCCUCCACCACGGUAAACACUGCAGCAGGCAAAGCAUGCAGGGGUCAUCCGAGUGCGAGUGGUCGGACUCCGGCUCAGACUUGAGGCUGAGGAAGUUCCCCUCUCUGCUGCACGGGAAGCGCUCUGCGCCCGAGCUGCCCCUGUUGCCCCCGGCAACCCGCCGCGUGGACCACACCAGCCCCAGCAAGCGGGACGAGGCGCUGUCGGUCAAACGCAAGCCUCUGGCCAAGCAGCGGCCCUCGGCCCGGACGCAGCGCAGGUUCAGCUUCGACCUCUCCGCUCACUCCAGCGCCGCGGGCUUCACCGAGGACGACGGCUGGAACCGGCGCCGCAGCGAGAGGAUCUUCCUCCACGACGCCACCACCUCGGCCAGCCAGGUGCCCGUGCCGACCUCCUCCUGCCAACCCUCCAGCUCGGCUCCGCUGCUCACGCCCAAGCCCGCCUCCAGGACCAAAUCCACUCCGCCCAGCCGGGAAGGGAAAGAUAUACCGGUAGUGAAAAAAAAGAAGUCGAAGGACUCUCCUCUGCCUGGCAGUCCGUCCUCCAUGUGCAGCCCGACCCCCGAUGCUCCGGCACCCUUGAGCCUGAGCCCGGUACGCCGCACCCAACCCAAAGCCAAGCGCAAAGUCCGGGAGCCGUCCAGAGGCGCCGUGAGCCGGCUCAUGGAGAGCAUGGCAGCGGACGAAGACUUCGAGCCCAACCAGGACAGCAGCUUCAGCGAGGACGAGCUCCUGCCGCCGCGGAGCAGCAGCGUGUCGGAGCCGCCCCCCACUCCCACUCCCGCUCCGGUCCAGUGCGUGUUGGAUAAAGACUCCCUGGUGGACGGACUCCGAGUCCUGAUCCCCAUGGACGACCAGCUCCUGUACGCCGGACACGUGAACACGGUGCACUCCCCCGACAUAUACAGCGUGGUGGUGGAGGGGGAGCGGGGCAACCGGCCGCACAUCUACUGCCUGGAACAACUGCUGCAGGAGGCGAUCAUUGACGUGAAGCCUCCGUCUGUUCGUUAUCUCCCAGAGGGCACUCGCAUCGCCGCUUACUGGAGCCAGCAGUACCGCUGUCUUUACCCAGGAACCGUCGUCAACGGAAGUUCAGAUAUCGAUGAGAAUGACGACCUUAUCACGGUGGAGUUUGACGACGGCGACACCGGCCGCAUCCCCCUCUCCCAUAUCAGACUGCUGCCGCCGGACUACAAGAUUCACUGUGCUGAACCGUCCCCGGCGCUGCUCGUGUCCAGCUGCUCCAGGAGGAGAGCCCGCAAAUGCAGCAAGGAGGGCAAAGAGGCUGGAGCCAAGCCGGAGGAAACCACGCCCAGGAUCAAGGGGAAACCUGGCCGCAAACCCAAACCCAAACCAGAGACCUCCAUGAAUCCAGACGGUCAGGAGAAAGCCGAUCCCCCGCCUCCGUCAGCUCAGCCCCCCGAGAGACCCCCGGCUCCGGCCAAGCCCGGCCAGGACCGGCCCGGCUCCGUCCAGAAGACGGGGCAGGAGAAGCCGCGGCCGGCGUCCCGGCCCACGCUGGCGGCUCAGGCCAAGCCGAGCCGGAAGAGCUCGGGGUCGUCCCCCGCCGGCAGCCCCACGCUCCCCAACCCGGUCCCGAGGAAGAGCGGCUCGGCUCAAGCUCCCGUCUCCAAGCCGGGCCGGGCCCUGCCCCCGUCCCUGUACCCGUCCACCUACGGGAAGGUGCUGACCGUGGACCUGUACAGCGAGCCCAACCUCAGCUCCUACAACAGCCAGCGCCGGGAGAGGGAGAGGGAGAGGGAGAGGGAGGGAGGCAGCGCCGCCGGUCCCGCCGCCAGCAGGCCCGUGUCCAGGCCCGGGAUGACGGCGUCGUCCUCCGUCCCCAAGCCCGGCGCCACGUCCAGACCCACUUCUGCCUUUCCUUCUGCUUCAGCGCCCAAAACCAAACCGUCGUUGGAGCAUCGCGGCGGCUCCAGGCCCGGCCACGGCUCCGGGCUGCUGCCCGUCCCCGUCUCCCGGCCACCAGCGGGGAAACCCAGCUCGUCUCUGCCGCCCCGGCUGUCGUCCUCCCUCUCUCCCACGUCUGCUCCCAAACCCAAGCUGAAGAUGCCGUCGGACCAGCUCUCCUCCAGACCCGUGUCCCGGCCCAAGCCCGGCGCCGGGCCGGGCGACGCCAGCGCCGCGGUGAGGAGGAAGUCCCUCCCCGCCGAGCCCCUGGUGAAGCUGGACCACGAGGGCGUCACCUCCCCGAAGACCAAGAAGACCAAGGCUCUGAUGCUGCUGGAGGGCCGGGACGUCCGGAGAGACCUCGCCCCCAUCGCCACGGCAACUGAGAAGCUGCUGAAGCCCAAACCCACCGCUCCGGAGAGGGAGAGCGUCCUGCCGGAGAAGGACUCCUACAAAGCUCCGGUGCUGGCCAAGGACAAGCCCGACGGGCGGGGGAGCAGCAGCUCCAAGGGACAGGAGGUGGACGCCAGGGAGGACCGGCCCAAGAAGGAGGAACGGAAGGAGGUGGAGAAGAGAGAGGAGAGAAAGAGGAAAGAAGAAUCUCACAGCAGCAGCAGCUCGGAGUCGGAUGACGAAGGAGACAAAGGGAAGAAGAAGAAGAAAUGCACCUCCAGGUGCUCGUCCUGCUCCUCCUCCUGCUCUGGUUCUUCCUCGUCCUCUUCAUCCUCAUCAUCUUCCUCCUCCUCCUCCUCCACUGAUGACUCUUCCUGCAGUUCAGAUGAGGAGAGGACCCCCACCCCUUCUCCCCCGGGCCCCAGCCAGAAACCCACAGCCCAGGACAAGCCUAAAGAAGUAGUGAAGGAGGAGGAGAAGAAGCAGGUGGAGGUAAAGGUGGAGGAAGAGGAAGAAGAGGAAGAGGAGGAGGAGGAGGACCUGUCCCCGGCCUCGGCGCCCCCAUCCCCCUCCACCCCUCCUCCUGCUGCGCCCGCACCCACCAAACCUGCCAAACCGGCCACGGGGAAGGGCUCGGGGCAGCGGGGCCGGCCCCCCAAGCCCAAGGCCAGCGGGGGGGAGGGGAAGGAGGGGAAGGAGGGGAAGGAGGGGAAGGAGGGGAAGGAGGGGAAGGAGGGGAAGGCCGGCCGGCCCAAGCGGCGGGAGGGCGUCCACCUGCCCACCACCAAGGAGCUGGCCAAGCGCCAGAGGCUCCCCAGCGUGGAGAACCGGCCCAAGAUCUCGGCGUUCCUCCCCGCCCGGCAGCUGUGGAAGUGGUUCGGGAAGCCCACGCAGAGACGCGGCAUGAAGGGAAAGGCCAAGAAGCUGUUCUACAAGGCCAUCGUGCGGGGCAGGGAGAUGAUCCGCAUCGGGGACUGCGCCGUGUUUCUGUCGGCCGGCCGGCCCAACCUGCCCUUCAUCGGCCGCAUCCAGAGCAUGUGGGAGUCCUGGGGCAGCAACAUGGUGGUCCGGGUCAACUGGUUCUACCACCCAGAGGAGACCAACCCCGGCAAGAAACUCACCGACAAGAAGAACUGGGACCAGAUAUGCGGCCAGUCUUUACCAGCAGCUCUGCAAUCCUCCAUCCAAAGGAAAGACUUCAUGGAGCGCGCCCUCUACCAGUCGUCCCACAGCGACGAGAACGACGUGCAGACCAUCAGCCACAAGUGUCUGGUGGUGAGCGUGGAGGAGUACGAGCAGAUGACCCACACCCGCCGCUAUGCCGACAGCGAGGACCUGUACUACCUGGCCGGCACCUACGAGCCCACCACCGGCAUGAUCUUCAACACGGACGGCGUCCCCGUCAUCUGCUGAACGGACGCCGGGCCCCACCUGACCUUCACCGGCAGCGGACUUCUCUUGGUGUCGACUACAGAACCAGGAGACUCUGAACGGGGCGUCUCCUGACGCGUUUGCACACACAGACUUGACCUACACAUUCUGUUCUGCUCGUGUUCCCGGGAGAGCCUCCGAACACGCGCCUGCACUUUGUUUUUAAUGUAAAUACACACCCGUGCAGUACGUAUGCUCCCCAGUACACGCUGUAAAUACUCCCACGUAACGGUUAUCUAGAGGAAAAUUAGCCUUUUAUUUUCUUGUUAUAGAUCUACGUCUUUGUUUCCGAAGAGAAAAACAGUGGAGAAGCUUUAAUGAACUGUGAAUGAUGAUCCGGGAGGCACGCGUCGGUCCGUCCUCCACCGCCCGCACAAGCCGCUGGCGCCACGUUGUACUUAUGAUGUUUCUCUUGUGAUUUGACAGUCGUAUAAAUGUAUCUACCGAACAGCAGGAGCGACAGACACAAACGAGAGACGCACAGAAAGAGAGGUAGACUCCUACCGUUUAUAUACCCAACAGAAAGCACUUAAAAAAACAACACUCAAAUCUAUCUUCCCGUUAUUUAACCCCCCCAACCCCCUUGACAAUCCUCACUCGGGCGAACUGUCCGUGUGCUACUAAAAUGUAUAACUCCCUCGUAGACUCAGGCUUAAAAGAGAGGAAGCAAUCUCGUAGUGUUGAAGAAACUUCUCAUUUCUACGUUUGUUCUGCACGCAAAAAAAAAAAAAAAAAUCCAGCUCUGCACCUCAUCGCCUCCCCAUUUGCACCUUGACUCAACACUUUCCUCCUCAGGCACGAGAUCCGGUGCCUUCAGGCCUCCCUGCAGGCCGCAGAGAUGCAUUCUGGGAAAUGCAGGAUGUUUUCAAGAAAGAAAAUUAAAAUUUAGCCGGGGAAAAUUGACCCCCGAUGGUUGGACGUCCACGAACAGCCAGAUAAAUAAUGUAUGAACGACGUAGGAAUCCCAGCGGGUGGAUUUUGUUUUUAGGCGGGGUCGUAAACACUGCAGUCGAUCGGAGACGCAGCUGUCGCCCCGUCAGCCUGCCGUGAUUGCAUUUCAUCGCUCAUUUUGUCUGCAGCGUUUGCAGUCUCUUCAGUGUUUGUUUUGUUUUAUUUUGUUUUUUUUUCCCCACAAUGCUUCUUCUGUUUUUCAUGCAGGUUCAGAUUUCCCCUCUUCAGAGGCGGUUUGCCCUCCGAGCUUUCACCGUUUACACGAGCACUUUGAACGAGCUCCGUCUCAGAGGAGACUCUGUGUCUGGGAGUCCUCCAACCGUUAGUUAUUUCCUAGUUCCCCCCUCACCACCGUCCUCUCCGUGUCCCCAUCACGCCCCCAGCUGCAUCCCGCUGGAACUCUUGGUUCUUUUGGUGAUUGUGGGUUUUCUCUGUUGGACCAUUUUUGGGGUGAGACUGUUGAAUGUUGCUCAGGAUUGCGAGCGUUUUAGGGCGGCCUUACUCUCCCAGGCCUUAUGAUGACGAUUUGCCAAAUAUCUUUUAGACACGCCCCCCCCCACCGUUAUCCUCGGUUAAUUUAGGUGCAGAGCCCACGUUUGUUACAUUAUUUAGUAAUAAAGUGUCCUCACAUGCAUCUCUAUCCAGUUGGCUGUAGUCUAUUGUUUAAGGUACACUGUAAAUACGACAUACGUCUGACUGUUAACCCUCCUCGCUUUGCUCUGCCUUCGCCGCAGAGAUCGAAGAUUGUCUUGUUGAUAUUCAAUAGGUUUUUAAUAUUUUCUACUCUCUUGAGACCUUAUCGGUUUUGCCUACAUUUGUCUAAUUUUUAAUAUCAGCUGUGUCACGUUUGAUCUGAGAUGUUUUUUCGUGAACGAUAAACCGUCUGCCAGUGAAGAAGCAUUUUCAUUUACAGAAGUUUUUUCGGACAUAACAGCCACCCGGUAACGGAUAGUUUUACCAUGUGCUGCUAAUCUCUUCGUACUUAAAGUGGUUUAACCUGGUACAAAGUGAAUCUAUGUGCUUUUAUUCUUCUUUUUUUUUUAGAUUACUAAAAAUUUAAGUUGCUAAAUCCCCAUUUUUGUCAUUAUUAAGCUGGUCAAACAUCAGCCCAUAGUUUUUUUUGAGCGACAGGCGGCUAGAAUAGCUCUCCGUCUGCUGUGUGAACAUGUUAAAGUGCCCGUUAUGAAUGUUUGUUUACCCCCGGAGCUGCUAAAGCACUUUUCUGUGUGUGUGUGAGGGGACAGAGGUGAGGAGACUGAUAAGGCAUCACACUCUUAUCUCCUGAUGCCACAAACGCACACCUAUACCCCCUUGUAUCCCUUUGAGGCUUGUGUUACUGCCUUCCGAUCUAAACCCCCCCCCCGUAUCUCCAUCCAAAGCCCAGCCUCUGGCCUUCAAACAGGGUCCAACACAAACACCCGUAUUCCUCUCGUUGCCUUUUUAAGUUCUUUCAGUGUCAUGUGUUUAAAGAGCCUGACUUUGUAUAUGUUUAUCAUCAUUUGUGUCUUACUUUAGGUCUUUUGAUGUUGUUUUUUUUUUCUUUUUAAAUGUACAUUUCUGUCAUUUCCCCCCCUUGCUUCCCCUCUCUGAACAAUCGCAAACGCCCCUGAUGCGACAGCGCUGACGGGCGUUGGGAGCUCGCUGCUAGAGAGAGGGAUGGAAGAGACUGAGAGAAAGAGAGAGAAAGAGAGAGAGAGAGGUGGACUGGAGGCUGGUUCUUCGUCUGCUGUUCCUUCAGUAUCGUUAUCGUCCUGUUACAAAGUAAAAAAUAUAUAUAUAUAUAAAUAUAUAUAUAUUAUUUUGAAAAUAAAUAGAAAAAUCAUAUAAGUUUUGUAAAUGAUCUUCACUGUCAAGGGAAAAGCUAUCAGAAUAUACUUUGUACACAUGUCUAAUCUUGUAAAAAUGCAACAAGGAUACAUUUUAGAGAUAAAUCUGAAAGUAGAUAUAUAUAUGUAACCCUAUACUAUAUGUGUAAGGAAUGUUUCCUGGUCUUUUCUUUUUUUUUUUUUUUUUUUUUUU